AUGGAGAUGCUGGAAGAUGUGGAGGUGCUGGAAGACGUGGAGAUGCUGGAAGACGUGGAGAUGCUGGAAGACGUGGAGAUGCUGGAAGACGUGGAGGUGCUGGAAGACACAGAGAUGCUGGAAGACGAGCAGAUGCUGGAAACGUUGGUUUUUCUGGAAGACGCACCCUUGUUGGAAGACGUGGAUAUUCUGGGAGACGCCCCUUUGUUGGAAGACGUGGAUAUUCUGGAAGACGCCCCUUUGUUGGAAGACGUGGAUUUUCUGGAAGACGCACCUUUGUUGGAAGACGUGGAUUUUCUGGAAGACGUGGCUUUGUUGGAAGACGUGGAUUUUCUGGAAGACAUGGACAAGGGUUUGCUGGAAGACAUGGAUUUCCUGGAAGACAUGGAUUUUCUGGAAGCCAUGGAUUUGAUGGAAGACAUGGAUUUUCUGGAAGCCAUGGAUUUUCUGGAAGAUGCGGAUUUUCAGGAAGACCCGAACUGUGCAGAAGACUUGGAUUAUUUGGAAGACAUAAAUUUUCUGGAAGACUUGAAUUUAGUGGAAGACAUGAAUUUUCUGGAAGACGUGGCUUUUUUGGAAGACCUGGAUUUAGUGGAAGACAGAUUUUGUCUGGAAGAUGUGGAUUGACUGGAAGACUGGAUUUGGGGGAAGACAUGGAUUUUUCUGGAAGAUCUGGAUUUGAUGGAAGACGUGGAUUUUUCUGGAAGACGUGGACUGAGAGGAAGACUUGAAUUUCUUUUUGGAAGACAUAAAUUAGCUGGAAGACUUAGAUUUGGUGGAAGACAUAGAUUCUUCUGGAAGACAUGGAUUGGCUGGAAGACCUUGAAAUUGUCGGAAGACAUGGAUUUUCUGGAAGACAUGGAUUUUCCUGGGAGAGAUGGAUUUUGUGGAAGACCUAUAAUUGAUGGAAGACUGGAUUUACUGGAAGACAUGUAUUGUUUGGAAGACGUGGAUUGUCUGGAAGACAUGGAUUUUCUGGAAGACUGGGUUAGCUGGAAGACCUUGAUGUUGUUGGAAGACUUGGAAGUGGCUGGAAGACUUGGAGUUGCUGGAAGACCUGGAGUCACUGGAAGACCUUGACACUGGCGCCAUUGGAAACCCU